AUGCAAGACGUGCAAAAUCAGAAAUCUUUCCAGUAUUUGUACGAAGUGGAAACUCUAGCCCAGGAUAUUCUCACAGACAAGGAAACCAAGUUGGAUUUAAGCAACUCGAGAAACAAGUUCAGGGAGGCGUUUAGGGCGCUUCAAGGGGUGGAAGAUCGCCGGACGUGGAUGCAAAUGGGCUCGGUGUUCGUGGAGCGCCCCACUGAAGAGUGUAAACGAAUUUUGUUGAACGAAAUAGCAAACGCCGAUAAAGACAUCGAAGGACUGGAUAAAAGUAUCAAGAGCAAAUUGCAUAAACUGAGGGACUUGGAACAUGAGCCGAGAUUGGAGGGCUUCACGUUAAAUCCGAUUUCUGCAGCCGAAGCGAAGGCCCUGCAUAAGGCAUUUGGGGCCGUGUAG